CUCGUAUCGGGUAGCGACAACUUUUCAAUUCCUCCGCAAUGUUAACUAGGUCCGAGGUUGCAGAGCACGCUUCACGGGAGAGCUGCUGGAUUGUGAUACGUGGCGAGGCUUACGAUGCAAGUACAUUUUUGGACGCGCACCCUGGUGGCGCCGGGAUAAUUCUCAAGUACGCUGGAAAGGAUGCGACAAAGGCAUUUGAACAAUUCCAUUCGCCUGAUGUUUUGCAGAAAAACCUCAAACCAGAAUAUCACCUGGGCCCGGCCGAGGGAGACUCAGCCCAGGAAGAUUCGAGCGAGGGUUUGACGCCAGUAGAGACGAAAAAAAGAUUAAGAUCCAUUAUCAACCUUGAGGACUUCGAAUAUGCGGCGAAAGAUCUCUUGCCUGCAAAGUCAUUUGCAUUCCUAAAAACCGGGGCCGACAGUGAAAAUACCGUGCGAUGGAAUAAGCGUAGCUGGCAGAUCGUCCGCUUUCGUCCUCGGGUUUUGCGACCCGUCGAAUCAAUUGACCUAUCGACGACUAUUUUCGGUACUCGGUUCUCUAUGCCGUUUUUUAUAUGUCCAGCGGGUGGGGGGAAAUUGGCUCAUCCGGAGGGAGAGGUACUACUGACCAAGGCGGCGGCGCAAACUGGUGUCCUUCACUGGGUGUGCAAUAUGGCUGGCUGCUCUAAGGAGGAAAUGGCGCGGGCUCGGAGCCCUUCUCAGACCACAUAUUGGCAAAUCUACGCUAUGCGGGACUUGGCUGUAACAGAAAAGGAGGUCAAACAGGCCGUCGCACUGGGAUACAAGGGCUUUGCCCUGACCGUUGACGCCAUACGGCCUGGAAAACGGGAACGAGAUAUGCGGUUGGGCUUAGACGAAAUCGAGCAGCUAACUAGGAAUUAUUUCCAGGACGAUGAUGAUGCUGAGAGGUUCGACAUUGGGCUAUCAAGACGCGCUCCCGUUACAACCACUUUCGAUUGGGUUCAGGCAAUAAAGUGGCUCCGGGGGCUCACUGACCUUCCCAUUGCCAUCAAAGGCAUUCAGUGCUGGGAGGACAGCGUGCUGUGCAUGGAGCACGGCGUCCAUCCCUGGCUCUCGAAUCAUGGCGGCCGGCAGCUAGACGGGGCACCCUCGGCAAUCGAUACUCUAAUUGAGAUGCGGAAACAUUGCCCCGAGGUGUUUGACAAGUGCGAGGUGAUCGUGGACGGAGGCGUGACAAGGGGGACAGACAUCGUGAAAGCCCUUGCACUUGGGGCAAAGGCCGUUGGUCUUGGUCGUGCGUUCCUUUACUCAUUGGUUCUCGGUCAAGAAGGUGUGCGCAGAGCAAUUCGAAUUCUCCAGAGCGAGGUCGAAACCACUUUAGCAUUAUUGGGAGUCACCUCCGUUGCGGAACUGAACGCAUCUUAUGUUGUAAGUGCAGCACCACAAGCCAGUUUGUAA